AUGCCACCGAAACUAGAUUGGCAACAAACCUUGGACGAGUUGGCCCAAGUAAAAGCAGAUGCACUGCGAGAAAUUCAUGCUAGAGAUGAGAGAAUUCGUAGUUUGGAGCAAAGAAUCGCGGAGGAGCAGCAGGCACGUGCGAGAGCUGAACAACAUUCAGCAGAGCAGGCAACUCAGCAGACUCAUGGGCAGAGUACUGGACAACAAAUUGUCAUGGUUCCUGCUACAUGUAUUGGCACACUGCAGGAAUUGGUAGAGGGUGAAGAUUUUGAAUUAUGGUAUGAAAGAUUUGAGCAAUACUUGUUUUCGAAUAAUGUUGAGGAUGGUAGAAAGAUUCCAGCAUCGUUGCCACUUGAUACAUUAAAAAGUACAUUGUCACUCAAUCUUAAACCCAAACCAAAUUUUUUGACUGAACGGUAUAAGUUUAAGGAUUGUCGUCAAAAAUCUGGAGAGACAAUUCAUCAGUUUGAUGCAAACUUGAAGCAGUGUGCAACCCAUUGUGAUUUUGGAGCGAGUCUGAUGAGCAACAUGAGGGAUCAAUUUGUCUGGGGUCUGAAGGAUGACUCUAUCAAGAGGAAAUUAUUAGCUGAGAAGGAUGUCAGCUACGAGAGGGCAAUUGAAAUUGCCAGUGCUAUGGAAGCAGCGAGACGAGACAUGGGUGAGAUAAAUAGAAAUGGUUCGGUUGGACAUUUGAAAACUGUGUGUAGAAAUAAUCCAGAGAAUAAUGAGAAACCAAAAGAGAGUCAUAAGAUUGGUAAUUUUAAAAACAAUGACAGAGGAAAAAGUCGAAAUUUUCGUUCACAAGCUAAUAAGGGAAAUGAUUAUGGUAAAAGACACGAAGAACAGAAUUAUUUAGAUGAUGUUGAUAUUGUGGAGGAUGUAAUUGAAAAUAUGUAUUCUGUUAAUGAUAAAUUGAGUGAUUGUGAACUUAGAGGUGAGGGAAUUUCGUGUACUGAUCCAAAGUAUUUGAGUAUUAUUGUGAAUGACAUGGAAAUAGAGUUUGAGAUAGAUUCAGGUUCACCAAUCACAGCAAUUUCUGAAAAAGAAUUUAGAACGAAUAAAAUUUUUUCUAGUUUACAAUUGCGUUCUACUGACAGAAAGUUUAAAGCUUAUCAUGGGGUUGUGAUAAUUCCAUUAGGUAUUUUGGACGUUAAAGUUUGUUAUGAAAAUUCUUGUAGAGAACUUGAAUUAUUUGUGUUACCAGGAUCGAGUGAUCCUAUUCUCGGUAGAGAGUGGUUAAAAUUGUUAGGAUUUUCACUUAAAUUGAUGAAAGUUAAGGGAAAUGAAAGUAUUAAUAAUGUCGAGGAUAUUAUAAAUGAAUUUCCUGCGGUUGUAUCAGAAAAAAGAGGUUGCUGUAGAUUGGGAAAAUUUAGUUUAGUUUUGAAACCUGAUGCGAAACCAGUAUUUCACAAACCUCGACCGCUUCCUUAUGCAAUGAGAAGUAGAGUAGAACAAGAAUUGAAUCGAUUGUUAAAAGAUGAUGUGAUUUAUCCAGUGGAAUCUAGUGAAUGGGGUACACCGAUAGUACCAAUUCUGAAGAAGAAUGGUGAGAUAAGAAUGUGUGGGGAUUUUAAGGUUACUGUUAAUCCACAUUUAAAGGUUGACAAAUAUCCAAUACCUCGUGUUGUGGAUUUGUUGUCGGUUUUAAAUGGUGGUGUGGUAUUUAGUACAAUUGACCUGUCACAUGCUUAUCAACAAUUAGAAUUAGAUAAGAAAUCACAAUUGUUAACCACCAUUUCGACUCACAAAGGACUUUUUGCAUAUAAACGUUUAUGUUUUGGGAUUGCAUCCGCUCCAGGCUUAUUUCAGAGGUACAUGGAAAGGGUUCUUUCGGGGAUCGAUGGGGUAGUAUCAUUUUUCGAUGAUAUUUUGAUAUCUGGUUCUACGACGAAAGUACAUGAUGAGAGAUUGCGUAAUGUAUUAAUGAGAUUAAGGGAUGCUGGUUUGACAGCGAGGAAAGAAAAAUGUGAAUUUGGUAAAGAUAGUGUGAAAUUUCUUGGAUUCAAGAUUGACAAGAAUGGUAUUCAUGUAUUAAAAGACAAAGUGGAUGUUAUUU